ACGUCAGCGAGUCGCCGAGCGUCUUGGGCGUUCUGCCGGGGCAGCUAGUUGGGCCGUGGUUCACAGCUUAAGUCUUCCUCUCUGCUUCCGAAAGCGUGUUUGAAUCCUGUCUUUCAGCUCGUAGCGGGGGCGUCUUGGAGGAAACGGAGCCGGGAGUGAUGACGCCGUCGCGUCUCGGGACCCUCUCCUGACGAUUCUGUUGCGCGGGGGGAUGUGGACGCUUGCAGGUCAGGGCUGCUGGCGCAGAAGCGCGCUGGCGGCUUGGGCCACCCGAGCGGCGCGUCGGGGGCUGCCCGGGCCUCGCCCCGCGCCGACCCGGGGAACUGCAGCCGAGUCCAAGACUCCAGACAGGAGCUACAGCUCCGCGGACCGCAAGGAAAAAAUUGAUAUGUCUAGAUUCCCUGUUGAAAACACUAGAAAUUUCAGUAUCAUUGCACAUGUGGAUCAUGGCAAAAGUACUUUAGCAGACAGGCUCCUGGAACUAACAGGGGCAAUUGAUAAAACAAAAAAUAAUAAACAAGUUCUUGAUAAAUUGCAAGUGGAACGAGAAAGAGGAAUCACUGUUAAAGCACAGACAGCCUCUCUCUUCUAUGAUUAUGAAGGAAAGCAGUACCUUUUAAAUCUCAUCGAUACACCGGGCCAUGUUGAUUUUAGUUAUGAAGUAUCCAGGUCACUCUCAGCUUGCCAGGGUGUUUUACUUGUGGUGGAUGCAAAUGAGGGUAUUCAAGCCCAAACUGUAGCAAACUUCUUUCUUGCUUUUGAAGCACAGCUAUCGGUAAUUCCAGUCAUAAACAAGAUAGAUCUGAAGAAUGCUGAUCCUGAAAGGGUUGAAAAACAAAUUGAAAAGGUGUUUGAUAUUCCAAGUGAUGAAUGUAUUAAGAUUUCUGCUAAACUUGGAACGAAUGUUGAAAGUGUUCUUCAGGCAGUCAUCAAAAGAAUACCCCCUCCUAAAGUGCAUCGCAAAAAUCCCUUGAGAGCUUUGGUAUUUGACUCCACCUUUGACCAGUAUAGGGGUGUGAUUGCCAAUGUAGCAUUAUUUGAUGGAGUGGUUUCCAAAGGAGAUAAAAUUGUAUCUGCGCAUACUCAAAAGACAUAUGAAGUUAACGAAGUAGGAGUUCUGAAUCCUAAUGAGCAGCCAACUCACAAACUAUAUGCAGGACAGGUGGGCUAUCUGAUUGCUGGGAUGAAAGAUGUCACUGAAGCACAAAUAGGAGAUACAUUAUAUUUACAUAAACAACCAGUGGAACCCUUGCCUGGGUUUAAAUCAGCGAAGCCAAUGGUAUUUGCAGGAAUGUACCCUAUAGACCAAUCUGAAUAUAAUAACCUGAAGAGUGCUAUAGAAAAACUGACUCUAAAUGAUUCCAGUGUGACAGUUCAUCGGGAUAGUAGCCUUGCCCUAGGUGCUGGCUGGAGGUUAGGAUUUCUUGGACUUUUGCAUAUGGAAGUUUUCAACCAGCGACUUGAGCAAGAAUAUAAUGCUUCUGUUAUUUUGACAACACCUACUGUUCCAUAUAAAGCUGUUCUUUCAUCAGCAAAAUUGAUAAAGGAAUACAGAGAAAAGGAAAUUACAAUCAUCAAUCCUGCACAAUUCCCUGAUAAGUCAAAAGUAACAGAAUAUUUGGAGCCGAUUGUUUUGGGCACCAUUAUCACACCAGAUGAAUAUACUGGAAAAAUAAUGAUGCUUUGCCAGGCUCGAAGAGCAGUUCAGAAGAAUAUGAUGUAUAUUGAUCAAAAUAGAAUAAUGCUUAAAUAUCUCUUCCCUUUGAAUGAAAUUGUGGUGGAUUUUUAUGAUUCUUUGAAAUCUCUGUCUUCUGGAUAUGCUAGUUUUGACUACGAAGAUGCAGGCUACCAGACUGCGGAACUUGUAAAAAUGGAUAUUCUACUGAAUGGAAAUAUUGUAGAAGAGCUAGUAACUGUUGUACACAAAGACAAAGCAUACUCUGCUGGCAAAGCCAUAUGUGAACGUCUGAAGGAUUCUCUUCCUAGGCAGCUGUUUGAGAUAGCAAUUCAAGCUGCUCUUGGAAGCAAAAUCAUUGCAAGAGAAACUGUGAAAGCCUAUAGGAAAAAUGUUUUGGCAAAAUGCGCAGAACUGUUGUGAUCUAAGGACAAGUACUUAGGCCAAGCUGAAACAAUCAGAAUUUCUCUCUAUAAAUCUGAAACUUGACCAGGAACACAGAAAGAAAGAAGGCAUCUAGAGCUGAGGCAUUUGAUGACAGCACUGCAGGAGAGGAUCAGGUGAGUCCCUGCUUCAGCUGAUCUGAGGCUCCUGGUUCUUGUUCUUUUAAAGACUUGUUUUUUCCAACUCUGAUAUCAAUUCUGUGAGUUACCCCAGAAUUAUUCCAAUAAAUUCACUUUUAGUCUCAUUAGUAGACUACAUUUACUUGCAAAUCAAAGAAUCUAAUCGUGUAACCAAAGUAGAGGGUUAAAAAUAUCCCCAGUGUCUUAUUUUUACCUUUUAAACACAAAUUAUCUUAAGAUAAUUUUAAAGUUAAUAAUGCUUUUAGAGUCUAUUUAUAGGUUUCCAUGUUUGUGUACUUUAUUGCUGGGUAUGGAUCAGGAAUUGCAUGAUACACCUUAUUCUUUCUCCCAACAAUUCUGUCAUCAGAUGAAGAACUUCUGAGUAUGUAUUUCCUCCUUUCUCCUGUCUACAGAGGGAAGGGAACUCUUGCUCCAUUUCCCAGGAGUGAGCAAUGGUGGAUUAAUACUCUGGAGCUCUUCUCUGGUCUUACUAUUUCCAAAUUCAGAGGGGAGGAGUAGGAAACCCCAUUCUGGCCUCAAGCCCAACCUGCAAUCUCUAAUCCAACUUUACCUUUAAUAAAGCUGAUAUUUUGAUCCCAUUUGGCUCAGUUCUUAGUGUUUUUAUUAACCAAACCCUGGAACAAAAGAAGGGUAAGUGGUAAGACCCAGACACCAAGCCUCAUCUUGAAUAUCCAAUGAUAACAACCUAGAUCAACAAAGGUGAAGAAUCAAAUGAGAUUCUUUCAUGAGACAGAUCCAAUAAUAGGGUAUCCCAAACAGGGAAAAGUUCAAAGAAAAUGUAAUAAGCCAACCCUCCGUUCCCUAUACACAAUUAUAUGUCCCUUCGAUAAUAAAUAUAAACUGUCAGACCCUGGAUUAGCCCACGACUACAAUGAAGGUGUUAAUGGAAGAGGAAAGGAAAUCCUGUUAAAUUUUUUUGCAAGGGGAGAACUACAGGAAGUUUAAGACAAAAAUUGGUUAAAAAACAAAGUUCUUUUUAGUAGUAAGAGUCAGUGAUAAACAUAAAUAAUUAUGAUUAUGCUCCAUUAGUUUCAAAGGUAGAACUAAGGUGAGUUAUUGUGAGGAAAUGCACUGAAAAACUUUAGCUACAAAGAAACAAGAAGUGGCUUAAAGCUAUGGGGAAAGAAGAAAGUUUACUAUAAAUCUCUGAAAAGGGAGAUUAAACAUUACAUUAAGCUAAAAUAUUUUCUGGAAAGUAGGCAAAAGGACAAAAUGGAGUUAAAGAGCUCUUAUCAGUUUUUUUCCCCCAAGUAAAUUCUACUUCCUGGCAUUGAGACCCCAAGGGAUUUGUCACAAGAAUCCUUAUGUAAGGUCAAUAAAUUAACAGGAAAAAAUAUGUCCUCAAAUAAAGAAGUAAAAAGAUACUAUUUAUGUUAUCCAUUCAGCCAUUUUUAAUACUAAAGUUUUAAUAAUUGCCAUAUCUUUUUGUAUAAUGGUAAAUGAGUGAAAAUAUUUCUUGAUAUAACUAAGAUAAACAGUUUAGGUAUAUUAUUUUACAGUAAUUCUACUUGAUUUUGGUAGAGUUUAGAAAAUCUAAAGAAUGCAUGGGUAGCGCACUCCUUAAACAUUUUCAAAUAUCUACUGCCUUGGCCUUGAUAUUGGUAGGCGCAAACGGUAAUUAUCUCAGAAUUGAGCAAUACAGACAAAACUGGAAUGCAAAUGUUUUCCAGGAAUAGUGAAGUAAUAUUAGCAAGUUUUAUUUAAAAAAUAGAUACUUUCUAUUUUGAAAAGCAAACUAGUCUAACUUGGAUUCUUGCUCAGAUAAAAAAACCACCCUAGACUGUCUAUUUAAGAAAGUAAUUGAUAUUAGUUCUGCUAGGUAGAGAUAACAAUUUCCUCAAAGAGAAAAACUUCAGUCUUGCUGGAUACCCUUAGAGGUAAAUCAGUAAAAGAGCAGGACAUUCAAUGAACUAAGGAAAAAUUACUUCAGAAACUACACCUCAGAGACAGAGUGGAGUAACACUUAAUGGAUUACCAACUACAUACCAAGCACUGCACAAGGCAUUUUAUACAUGUUAUAAUGUGGUUAAUUCUCAUCAAUUCUGAAAUGGUUAAUAUAAUCUUGUUUUACAAAUAACUUAAUUAUAUUGAAUUAGUAUACUGAACUAGCUUACUGAAAUCAAUAAAUUUCCUAAGAUCUUACAGAUAGUAAGUGGCCAAAACAGGAUGCUAAUUUUUGUCUGACGAUAAAACCCAAUUUUCUCCAAAGGCAACCAAACACCUCUACAAUACCUGGCCACCUCAACCAUAAAUUAACCUUAGUACAGGUCUAUUGAAGAUCUAAUUCAUAUAGUUUUGAGCAGUCUUCUAAUAAAUUAAUUGUAAGAUACACCUGGAUCUAAUGGAUAUACCUAUAUCUCUAUAUAUCUAAUGUUAAUUUAGAGCUUUAGUAUGUUUAGUUGAAUACUAAAGAAUCUGGCAAAAAAAAAUUUUGGUUUCAGUUUAGAUGAUGUACUAUUCAUAUGCUUCAUACUGAUAGCAGAAAACCGUAUUGUCAUUACAAAGGAAGAGAUUCUUUCACCUCUUCAGUGGUAGAUCAUGAA